AUGGUCUUCUUUCCGCCCCGCGAGAUCGUCGCGGCUCUGAUCACACCCGGUGUGACUAUGGAUUAUGCGGCGGACAUUAUCGAAGAACAUGUGCUGCACCGCCGAGCCAAUGGUGACUCCCUCAUCGACGUCGCCAACACUAUGAACCAGAUCGAAAAACGGGUUCCUCGCGCUGCACCAGCUGUGCGCCAGGCACAGUACAUUACCAACAUACCGCCGCCGUCCGAGUUGACUCCCCCUCCAACACCAGCAGGACACCCUGCCUCUGCUUCCACGACAACGCUCCUGCGGUACCUGACGUCCGAGCCAACUCCGUCGAUCCAGCGUGCCCGUGAGGCAAUUCUGGAGUAUGUCUUGAACCGCGAAGCACGGCUCCGAGAGAAGAAGCCAGGACGAGGAGGAAAGGGAACGCUGGGUCGGGAUGGCUUCGAAGAGAUCGCCGCAAGUCUCGCAGAGAUAGAAGAUGGUCUUAGGGGAACCGGCAUUCUGGCGGAGAAGGGCGUGGUCCGAGAUCACUUUGUCCCGGACGACGAGUUAGACGGCGCGCGCCAACUGGGCCUUGCCCUCGUGCUGUCCCUCCGAAUGCUUCUGUCUUACUUUACGCUUCCGGACCUCGCCCGACAGAUCCUGGCAUUGCCCCCUAGUGACGCGGAGCGAACAUUGGUGCAGCAUAUCCGUCGACGCGUCGCGGGUGAAGGGCGAUACGCCGUUGCGCGCGAAUUAGAAUAUGUGGAAAGUCUGACACUCGGUCGACGACCCGCGCUGCGCCCGGCGUUCCGCUCGGCUCGCGCCAGGACUCUCCUUCCCACGCAGGUCCUCUACCCCAUCGCGCUUCCUGCUCCGUCAAAGUCGAGCUGCAUCAAGAUGCUGACAUCGUUCAUUAAGGAUAUCGAACUCGGCGGCCCCGGUGCUGCUAUCGCGUACACUGGCAAUGGAGUCAACGUUCCGUUGGGUGUGGAGAGAAACGGCUUCGGCGCUAAGAAGAGGAGCCCCAGGAUGUCCGACACCCCGUUGGCACCUAGCCCGGUGACCUCGCCACUUAGGAGCAUGGCGCAGUUGCCAAAGGACCACAACCCGAUCGAGGCAUACACUCUCGAGUUGCUCUCGGAGUACAUCACUCGCGAGAAGAGGGAGUACAUGCUCAAAUACCGAUGGGCCAAGUCUGGCCGGGAGCAGCUCGGAAAGGAUCUCGGCGACAUUGAGGCUGCCGUCUGCCUCGUCGGCAAGAAUACCGCUUCAAAGCAUGCCCCCACGUUGUUGCCGAUCUUCCUCGAGCUGCGUAGGACGUUUGCUCUGCCCGUUUCGCCUCUUCCCCGCCCAAUUGUGGACCCCUAUUACGAUGUGCUUCCCGAACGCCCCGACCCUGACUCGAUUCCGUUGCGGGAGCCCACGGUCAGCAGCAUCACGGCGUCUCUGUACGUCAACCCCCGCUUGGACGACGCUGCUGCUCUGAAUGUCAUCGAAGAGCUGCUGGAGAGCGAGCGAGAGAAGGGCGUGAACGCCGACGUCAGCGAAGAGAAGACGAUUUCGUGGCUCAAUGGUCAGAUCGACCAGAUCGAGAAGAGGACUGUGUUCGAGCACGCCCGCUACCUAGCGGCUCAUCCUCGAGUGAUGGCCGACGCCGACGCUCAGAGCGCCUUCCCGGCAAAGAAGCGCGAGGAGGAAGAGCCGCCGCGACCGGAUUCGCGCAGCUUGGCUCAUCGCCGCGCCAAGUCCACAGCUAACCCGCUCACUGGCAACGACGAGUUUGGCUCGAAUGGCGACAUGGCUCCGCCCCGUGGUCUGCACAGGACUCAUUCGCGGUCGGCGAGCAUGCCACUGCGUGUUAGCACCAGUAGCGGCUACUCUUCACGUUCGUCGAAGCAAUCGUCCUACGACAUCAGCUCCCCCAGCCCGGUCGUCGCGGUGGCGUCUCCCCGCGAUGAGCCUCCACCGCUGGAAGCUUCGCCGGCCGACAAUGUCGAGAAGAUCGCCUCUGACGGCGACUCGGACUCUGCCGAUUCCGAGUUCGCGCGCAAGGUUGCUCCCUUCCCUCAGGUGACGACUCCUGCGUCCCCACAGUCUCCGAUUGCGGCGAUCCGCACGGACAUCCCGGACACGAAGCCAGUCCUCACGUUGGACUUUGACAGCCCAACGAAGACGACGGACGGCGGCUGGUGGGAUGUUCUGACGUCUCCGGCGAGGCUUCCGAGCGAGCACACCACCACGCCCAUGAAGAUGCCUACUGGCGAGUCUCAGCCAGCUGUCAGCGAGUUCGGAACGCCCAUUAAGAUGCUCGACUUUGACAGGACCAACACGGUCACUGAGUCGCCACGCGACCGCAAUGAGCCAGACGAGCGUCCCAUGUCCGACCAGUCAACUUACGCUCCCCUGACAGGAGCCCACUUAGAGGCUUUACGCAAGCUCGACCCGUCCGCUGUUCCCCCCGUGUCACAGCCCAGCGCCGAAGCUACGCCCUCUUCGCCUAUCGACAUUUCGGCUCCUGGCAUGCUCCUGAACCUGGGCAGUACUGGCCGUCGCUCCGGCGCGUCAACCCCGACCAGCGGAACGCCCAUCACGCCGACGUUCAGUCGCUCUAGUGGAGGGCUCGGGCACUCGGCGCCGAGGAGCCCGACUCUGCCGACCCCCACUCUGGACCAGCUCAUCUCGGAGGAGGACGACCUGGCCCGCGGCCCCCCCAUGUUCGCCUCGGUCAACCGACCCAAGCCGGCUUAUGCGCAACACGGCAAAACGAUGUCGCAAGGCUCGACCAUGUCUCAGGUCUCUGUAGGCUCGAGUCAGCACGGCAAGACCAUGUCCCAGGGCUCGAACGACCCUCCCUCUAGCCUGCGCAUGCUCAACGGUGUCGGUUCACCGGAUGCUUAUGCUGCGUCGGGGCCCCACCGACGUACGUCGAGUGGUGCUCCCCAUCCCAGCACUCUUCCAGGUGUUCAGUCGCAGACGCUGCCCUCCAGACGCGGCUCUGGUGCCCGCCCUCCGCCGGUACCCGUUAUGAUCGACCGGCCAAACUUCCCUUCUUCGUCGCACAACUCGCCAAUGCCGUCGCCCACUGUUGCCGUCACUCCGCGCACGUCGGAGGCCAACACGCCCGUGUCGCCCGAGAGCCAGCCGCAGUAUGGCUCGUACAACACGCUGCUGCCCGCGAGCCGUCCGAACCCCUUGAACCUGGACCGCAUGAGUGCGUCGCUCGGCGCCUCAUCGCCGCUCGCCUCGCCCACGGUGCCCGUCAUGCCCGCCGCAGCCGCUGAACAGCGGCACUCCAAGUCGCGCCUCGGUAGCUUCGGGCGCAGCGUUGCCAAAGCCGUCUCCGGGACGGCUGCUAGGGACAGCCACAAGCCCAUGGAACGCGAGUACACAUACCAGAAGCGCGAGUACCAGGUUGUGCCCCCUUUGCAGCCAAAGCAUCUCGCGCAGCAGCCGGCCCAGCCUGCUCCCUACUCCCAUCAGCCCGCCUCGCCGGCGCACCACCAGCCCGCUCAUCACUCUCAGCAUAGCCACCACGCCCUGCCCCCUCAGCCGAAGCCGCUCCAGCCCCCUCAGCCGGCUCAGCGCCCGCUCCAGCCGAUCAACCCCGUGCCGGACGCGAAUGCCGCGCCCAUGCGCAACGGCCGCGGCUCACAGGUGGACAACAGCCCGGCCAAGUGGAACAAGGCCAUGGUCGCGGGUAUCAUGGGUCCGCCGGCUGAGCGCUAG